GGAUUUCCUGAAGCCAUGAAGACUGUGGUGUUAACUAUGGUUCUGCUGCUGCUGCUGACCCAGGUCAUUCCAGGGAAUCCUGAAAGAUGCUGGAAGUCUUUUGGUAUCUGUCGUGAAGAGUGCAUCAAUAAAGAAAGUUUCUACAUCUUCUGCUGGAACGGCAAAAUGUGCUGUGUAAAGCCCAAGAACAUGCCCCAGUGGUCACGGAAUUUGAAUUAGCACUCCAAAUCCCAAGGCCACAGAAAUGAAGGUGGACCUUGCUAAAGUCUGACCCUGGCAGUUUCCCGAGCUUCAUUAAAGCAGCUUUGGCUGG